AUGAAGCUUUCCGCUUCUGUCAUUAUUCCUCUUCUGCCUGUGAUUGCUACAGCAGCAGUCAUCCGCCGUCAGAAUGGCGAUGGACCCCAAGGCAGUACCGACUCGACGCAAGGUGAUCUCGGGGUGCGUCCUCCUCCAAGAUUCCCGUUUCCGGUCACAAAGUUUCCUGUUCCAACUGAGACUGUCGUGCUCGAGGAGGCUAUGUAUAUCCUACCUGGCCAGGUGUUUGAUGGAAAGAUGAAGCGAUAUGAGCGUCCAGAGGGCAGCUGCAGCGAGCAGGCCGAAGGAACCGACGCAGAUGCCGUGUUCAAUUUGCUUCCUGGGGCUACCAUCAGGAACGUAGUGAUUGGAAAACACCAGAGUGAGGGUAUACAUGCUCUCGGUGACGCAUGGGUUGAGAAUGUGUGGUGGGAAGAUGUCUGCGAAGACGCCUUGACGUCCAAGGGCCUCAACACGCAGCUGCGCGUCAUUGGUGGAGGUGCACGCAAUGCAACCGACAAGAUCUUCCAGGACAACUCGCUAGGAGGAAAGGUAAACAUCACUGGUUUCUUCGCCGAAAACUUUGGUACCUUUUACCAAUCCUGCGGAAACUGUCUGAACCAGGCGAAGCGCAAUGUCACCAUCCAGGACGUCAUUGCUGUGAACGGAACAAGAAUGGGCAUAAUAUCUCCAAACUACGGUGACGAAUACCGUAUCAAGGACUCGCAGGUUGCUGACGUUGAGCGCUACGUCGACAAGGAGAUUGGAAACAAUGUCCAGACGGUUCCGUACACUGUUGGAACUGGGCCUGAUGAAAAAUACGCGUUGUAUAAUCUGACGCGCGACCACAUCACCGAGUUUGAGGGAGAGAUCCUGAACCAGUAUGUUCCCGAGGAGCCGUAUGAGUGGCUCGGUGACUUUUGGAAGGAGGGAACGGGGGCCUGA